GGUGGUGAAAGUUUUGAUCUUUGGGGAGUUGGGGUGGUUUUGGGGGUUCGUAUUCGAUUUCGAGGUUGUGGAGUUUUGGUUUUGAGGGAAUUGGGGUGGUUGGAUUGUGAUUGAUUGUUGGUGUUAGGGUUUGUUGUGAUGGCUAGCAAUCCUCCAUUUGUGGUGGAGGAUACUGAUGAGGAUUUCUUUGAUAAAUUAGUGGAUGAUGAUGAUGAUUUUGAUGUUAAUGUUGCAUCGUCAUCGUCAGUUUCGAGAGUAGGUGAUGGUAAUUUGAGGAUAGGAGAUGAUUUAGGCGGUGAAAAUGGGAGUGGGGAUUUUGAUGGGAGUAUAGGAGAUGAUUUAGGUGGUUUAAAUGGGAGUGGGGGGUUUGAUCGGUUUGUGAAAGCCGCGUCAUUGAUUUCUCCUGGGGUGUCUGUUGGGGAGUUUAAAGAAGUGAAGAGUGGUGCGCCAGUGAUUUCUCCGGUGGUGUCAGCUGGGGAGUUUAAAGAAGAGAAAAGUAGUGUGCCAGUAAUUUCUCCGGUGGUGUCUGUUAGGGAGUUUAAAGAAGAGAAGAGUAAUGUGCCAGUGAUUUCUCCGGUGGUGUCCAUUGGGGAGUUUAAAGAAGAGAAGAGAAGUGUGCCGGUAUCAACACUUUUGGAUGGAUCGGAUAAUGUGUUUGAAUCGGAUAAAGGCCUGGUGAAAAGUAGUUUGGAUUUUGAUGAUUCUGGUAGUGGCACCAAAGGGACAGUAAUGACAUUGGAUUCAACAAGUAAUCCCGGUGGAAAGGGAAGUUCGGGUAUCAAAGAGGUGCAGUGGAGUGAUUUUAAUUCAGAUGCGCUGCAGAAUGGUGGUACUGGUUUAGAGCCAUAUUCAGAUAUCUUUGGUGAAUUUGGAGGUGUGAAAACCGGGGAGAUUUUUAAUAGUGAAGCGAAUGUUAUAUAUGGUAAUGAAGAACAUAAAUCUGCAUAUACGGAUGAUAAUCUUAAUUACUCUCAAUAUCAAGAUGACCAAGUCAACUCCGCCGAACCUGUAUAUAGUGCUGAUGGACAGGAUAUGAAUAGUACCGAGUAUUGGGAAAGUCUAUAUCCAGGGUGGAAGUAUGACCAGAAUACAGGUCAAUGGUAUCAAGUUGACGGUUAUGAUGCAAACACAAGGGUUGAAGGGAGCUUUGACACUACAGUUCCUAGUGAAACAUCAGAGGUUGCUUAUCUGCAACAAACGUCUCAGUCUAGUGUGGGGACAGUAUCUCAAAGCGGUACGAUUGAGAGUGUUACUAACUGGAAUCAGACUUCCCAUGUGGGAGAUGCCACCGAAAUGGCGUCUAAUUGGAAUCAGGUAGCUCAAACAGUCAGCAGUGCUGAGAGUGUAUCAAAUUGGGAUCAGGUCCCAUCAACCAGUAAUGGGUAUCCUUCCCAUAUGUAUUUUGAUCCCCAGUAUCCUGGUUGGUAUUAUGACACUGUUACUCAAGAAUGGUGCUCCUUGGACACGUACAUAUCAUCUACUCAGUCGGCUACUCAGUCUGAAAACCUUUUGAAUCAAAAUGGUUAUGCUUCAACUGUUACUUCCCAGGGAAUUAAUGAGAAUCUGGGCGUAUAUGGGCAAGCUGGUCAUUAUGGAUCCGGAGGAUAUAGUAACCAAGGUCAAGAGUAUAACUGGCCUGGGUCUUCCACUAAUUUCAACCAGCAGGAUUUGAACAUGUGGCAACCGAAUUCUGCUACUUCAAGUUACAGAGGAUACCAACAGUUAGAGAAUCAGUAUGACCAAAAGACUUCUGUAAGCAACCAUAUUAGUCAGCAAAGUUCGUAUCAGUAUGAAGGAACAGUCCCAUAUGGUGAGAGAGCAAGUCAGAGUCAUAAUGAGUUUUCAAAUACAUUAAGGAACCAAAGCUUUGUUACUGAUGAAAACUAUACUCAGCAAUAUAAUCAGCCACAAACUAUGAAAGAUGAACGUAUGAAUACCUCAAGUAAUUACUAUGGUAAUCAGAAUGUGGCAAGCUAUACUCAGCAACAGUAUCAGAGUUAUGCUCCGGCUGUGGGGAGAUCGUCAGAUGGACGUCCCGCACAUGCUCUAGUUUCUUUUGGCUUUGGAGGCAAACUUAUUAUCCUGAAAGAUAACAACAAUACACUCGGAAAUUCAUCCUAUGGAGGACAGGUUCCUUCAGGAGGAUCGAUAUCUGUUCUCAACUUGAUGGAAGUUGUUAGUGAAAGGCCUGACUCUUCAAACACCAGACCAGGUGUCUGUGAUUACUUUAAUAGUCUCUGCAGACAGUCGAUUCCUGGCCCGCUGACCGGUGGGAAUGUUAGUGCUAAAGAGUUGUAUAGAUGGACUGAUGAAAGAAUUGCAAACUGCCAAUCUCCUGAUAUUGAUUAUAGGAAAGGAGAAGUUUUGCGGUUACUUCUCUCAUUACUAAAAAUAGCUCUUAUGCACUAUGGGAAGCUUCGUUCUGCUUUUGGCACGGACACGGUGUUGAAGGGAACCGAUGCUCCAGAAUCAGCAGUUGCUAGACUCUUUGCGGCUGCAAAAGGAAAUGGUUCAGACAGCAGCAAUUACGGUGCUAUUGCACACUGCUUGCAGAACUUGCCUUCUGAAGGACAGAUGCGGGCAACAGCCGCAGAGGUCCAAACUCUUCUAGUUUCUGGUAGAAAGAAAGAUGCUUUGUUUUGUGCACAAAAAGGACAGUUGUGGGGGCCUGCACUUGUGCUUGCUGCACAACUUGGCGAUCAGUUCUAUGUUGAUACUGUGAAGCAAAUGGCACUCCACCAGCUAAUACCAGGUUCACCUUUACGUACAUUAUGCCUACUCAUUGCUGGCCAACCAGCAGAGGUAUUUUCUGUAAACAGUACAACUGAUGGCAAUAUCUCCAAUGCUACAAAUGUAUCUCCAUUGCCAGCUCAGCUUGGUGCUAAUGGAAUGCUUGAUGACUGGGAAGAGAAUUUGGCUGUGAUAACUGCAAAUAGAACUAAAGAUGACGAACUUGUCCUUAUUCAUCUUGGAGAUUGCUUGUGGAAAGAAAGAAGUGAAAUAGUUGCUGCCCAUAUAUGCUACUUAGUUGCAGAAGCAAACUUUGAGCCAUAUUCAGACAGUGCAAGACUUUGUCUUGUUGGUGCAGAUCAUUUCAAAUUCCCAAGAACGUAUGCUAGUCCAGAAGCUAUUCAGCGGACGGAGAUUUAUGAAUACUCAAAAUUGCUUGGGAACUCCCAGUUUUUACUGCUGCCAUUUCAACCAUAUAAGCUUGUAUAUGCACACAUGUUGGCUGAAGUGGGAAGAGUAUCAGAUUCGUAUAAGUACUGUCAAGCAGUAUCGAAAUCUCUGAAAACUGGUCGAGCACCCGAAGUAGAGACAUGGAGACAGUUAGCAUCAUCUCUCGAAGAAAGGAUAAAAACUCACCAACAGGGUGGUUUCUCAACAAACUUGGCUCCUGCAAAAUUAGUAGGCAAACUGCUUAAUUUGUUUGAUAGCACGGCUCAUCGUGUUGUUGGGAGUCUACCACCUCCUGCACCAUUGACCACAGCUGGUAGUGUGCAAGGCAAUGAACGUUAUAAUCAAUCCUUAGGUCCUAGGGUUUCGGCAAGUCAAUCAACUAUGGCAAUGUCAUCGUUGAUUCCUUCGGCAUCUAUGGAGCCUAUAAGUGAAUGGACUGCUGAUGGCAAUAGAAGGACAAUGCACAACAGAAGUGCAUCAGAGCCAGAUUUCAGUAGAACUCCUAGACAGGACCAGAAUGACUCAUCGAAAGAAGCAUCAUCUGCACAAGGCAAAGCAUCAGUUUCUGGAGGGACAUCUCGAUUUGGUCGCUUUGGCUUUGGUUCACAGUUAUUAACAAAAAUACUGAAGCCGCGGCAAGACAAACAGGCCAAAUUGGGUGAGACAAAUAAGUUCUAUUAUGAUGAGAAACUUAAGAGAUGGGUAGAGGACGGCGUCGACCCGCCAGCAGAGGAAGCAGCCCUGCCACCACCACCUACUACUGCAACCUUUCCGAAUGGAACAUCAGAUUACAACCUAAAUAGUGCAUUGAAAAGUGAAGGGUUCCGGAGUAAUGGAAGCCCGGAACAAAAAAGCCCCGGUCCGGUACAUAGUUCAGGAAUCCCACCAAUUCCACACACAUCAAACCAAUUUUCAUCGCGCGGACGAAUGGGAGUUAGAUCAAGGUAUGUGGACACCUUUAACAAGGGUGGUGGAAACCAGACAAACAUGUUCCAGUCGCCAUCUGUGCCUUCAGCCAAGCCCAAAAGCAAUGCCAACCCAAAAUUUUUUGUUCCUGCACCAGUAUCUGGACAGAUGCUAGAGGCUGCUGCAGAUGGCAACCAAGAAACCACAUCAGGUGAUUUAUCAUCCAUAAGUAACAUGGUUCAGUCUGCCCCGUCAUCAGCAGCGAACAUGCAAAGAUUUGCAAGUAUGGAUGACAUCUCAAAUAAGGGAACAACUCCUGGCACCACUAAUGGCUCCCACUCCCGAAGAACAGUGUCAUGGGGUGGCAGCAUUGGGGAAUCAUUUAGUCCUCCCAGUAAUGAUGAUAUAAAACCUCUUGGAGAGGUAUUGGGAAUACCUCCAUCGUCGUUUAUGCCUAAUGGUCCUGCCUUAACGCCCUCAUCAUCAAAUGGCGGAAGCUAUGGGGAUGAUCUUCAUGAAGUGGAACUUUGAGACAUUAGGAUGUAUAUAUCUUGUGUUGCUCCUCCUCGCAAAUGUGCAAUUUCCAGCUCGACAUCGCAUAAGGUAGAUGGUGUAAAGCCUUGAAACUGCAGAGGAGCUUGACAAGAAAUUUUUGGUUAUUUAUUACUCUGUUGUAAUACUUCAUAUGGCCUAGUUCUUUCUUGUAUGUCUAGAAAUUGGGUUUGUUAUUAUUUAAUAGUAUAUGAACAUCAUCAGAUGCUUGAGGAAUCUGAUGGUUAUACACUAUAGCAAAGGUAGCUCACUGCUGUACAGUUCAUUUUUUUAUAUAUUGAAGUGAGGAUUAUCCCAUGCAAAAGUCAAGAAAGCAGGAAUUCUUUGGGAAACUUCACAGGAAAAAACAAAAUGUAUACUUUCAGAAAAUAAGAAUUUUCUUCUC